AUGGAUGAGCGACAAGAAAAUCGACUCACGGCCACCAAACCACAAAACCAUUUUGCACGCACUUUUCCAAGAGUGCAUAUGGACACGGCCGUCAAGGAUGAGGAGAUGGACGACGAUGACGGUGCCGUCGUCAAAGAUGAGGAGAUGGAUGGUGGGUCUCCAAACGCCAAUUCGACAAGCGGGUGCCGCCAACUGAAUCUGUGUGCGAAGAGGUAG